GGAAAUUUACUUCCGAUUUCAAUUUGUUUCUUCGAAUAUUUUCACGGAAACCCUAAAAGAAGAGUUGGAUUUUGAUGUCGGACAGAGAAGAAACCGAUUCGGACGCUCCCGAGGAGUUCACCGCCGAGCAGGGAGUACAACAGGAUGAAGAGAUUAGAAAAGUUCAAAACGAAAGUAAGGCUAGGGUUAUUCGUGAAGGAAAAGAACGUCGUAGACUAUGGGCUGAAAAGAAAACACCACGCCCAUCUAAAAAGGGUGAAAUCGUUGAAGAUUUAGCAGAACCCCCUAGAAAUGACGAUAAAGUUAGCAAGUUGGGAACACUUCCUAGUAAUAUAGUCCAACUGCUUGUAGACCGUGAGAAACAAGUUUUCUCAUCAGACCUGGGCGAUGAAAAGCCUGCAAUUAAGCCAAAACAAAAGAGGAAGAAGACCAAAAGCUCCUCCGGGAUUGAAACGGUUCUCUUAAGUGAAAGAACACCAUCUCAUUGUUUACAGAACUCCUUGGAAUUUUUGAAAAAAAGGAAAAUGAAUGUUGCAAGAUCAUCAACGGUUCUCAACAAUCCUAACCAAGCGUUCCGGCUACUUUCUUCAUCUGGCUUACUAACGAAGAAAUAACAUUUUUGUUUCCUAGUUUAUUUAUUGCAUCCAUGUUAGUUUCAACAGCACAAUGUAAAAUUGUAUUCGAGAAUUGGUUGGCGAGAGCUACCAAGGUUGUUGAGUUCUUGUAGUGGUCAUACCAUAGUAGAAAUUGAAAAUGAUGGGAGCACUGAUGUUUUGUUAAUUAAUGAUUUUCAUUAUGUUGGUUCGAUUA